GCCAGAAAAUACCAACCGCCGAGCUUAAGAUUUAGAAGAGUACGCCGAACUAGAUAUACCAGUAGUGGAACGCACAAGCGAUGGAAUAACGCAAACUUGACAGAUGUCGACCAGGACAUUGCU